GUCGGCGCCUUCCUAACCACCGUCCUCAACCACUGCUGGCAGAAUCCACACUUUCGCAACUCAAACGGACUCCUCCACUUCCCCCAACUCCCGGGAACGCCGUCGUUUGAGCGGGACCACCUUCCCUCCGUGUUCCUCCGCUACAGGGAAUCAGACCCGGAGUCGGAGUUCGUGAAGGAGAGUUUCCUUUCCAACGCCUCCAGCUGGGGCUCUGUCUUCAACACGUUCCGCGCGUUGGAAGGUCCUUAUUUGGAUCACAUUAAGUUGGGCCAGCCCAGGGUCUUCGCGGUUGGGCCGUUGGGCUCUAACCGGGUGGAGUCCGACCCGGAGAAGGGAUCCGAAGUGCUGCAGUGGCUGGAUGGGGUGGAAGAAGAAGGUUCGGUGUUGUACGUUUGCUUUGGGAGUCAGAAGCUGUUGAAUAAGCAUCAAAUGGAGGCCUUGGCGUUGGGAUUGGAGAGAUCCCAAACGCGUUUCCUUUGGGUUGUGAAAACGGCGUCCACAAAGGAACAAAUAGAGCAAGGCUAUGGCUUGGUUCCUGAGGGCUUUGCGGAUCGGGUAUCGGGUCGGGGGUUGGUGGUUAGGGGCUGGGCCCCACAGGUGGCGAUACUGAGUCACCGAGUUGUGGGAGGGUUUGUGAGU